AAAAAUGUCACUUACUCCUAGACACAUAUAAAAAGAGUGUGCUAGUGGGUUUUUGCAGAUAAAAGAAAUUAACAUGACAAGUCUUUUGCCCAAUAAAAAGUUGCAAUCCUUUGGGAGUUGCCUCUAUUUCUAACUUAUUCUGCUCAAUGCUGUGAUAAAAAAACUGUCUUUUUUGUUGAAUCUCUACACUGAAAUGGCUAACAACAAUGUGUAUUAUCACAAUGCUAAUAGUGCUCAUUUCUCUUUGACUGAUCCUGACCCUGAACCUGAUGAUAUUUCUGUUUUUCUUCGUCAUAUUCUCCGUCCUUCAUCUUCGUCUUCAUCUAAUUUUAUGGCAUUGAAGGGUAAUGAAAUGCAAUAUUCCUCAUCACUACCUCAAUUUAUGCCUAAAAAUCAACAUGCUAUGGGUAUAUCAAAUGGCGAGUUGUCUUCCAUGCUGAAUUCGUAUGGGGCUUAUAAUAUGCCUGCAAGUGCAACAAAUGUUUCUUCUUCAUCUGUUGGGACCAUGGACAACGACCCAGAUGAGUAUGAAUGUGAAAGUGAUGAGGGGGGUACAGAGGACUUUGGGGUGGAAGCUUCAGCACAACCACCACCAUCUCGCAACUCUUCCAAGAGAAGCAGAGCAGCUGAAGUGCACAAUAUGUCUGAAAAGAGGAGAAGAAGCAGGAUUAAUGAAAAGAUGAAAGCAUUGCAAAAACUUAUUCCAAAUUCAAACAAGACCGACAAGGCCUCAAUGCUUGAUGAAGCCAUUGAGUACCUCAAGCAGCUUCAGCUACAAGUACAGAUGUUGACAAUGAGAAAUGGCAUGUAUCCUCUGGGCCUACCACGAGUGCUACAACAAAAUCAACUCUCCCUGCAAAAAAUGGGAUUGUGCGAGGGGAAUGGAUUCACAAAUGCUAAAGUGGCUGGGAAUUUCCAAGUAAACCAAGAUGCGUCGUUAAAUGCCAUUUUCAGUUCAGCUGAAAAGUAUAAAGAUACUAAGCUAACACCUGUGGCAACUAUGUCAAAUGUAAACCAUUCAGAAAAUGCUUUUGAGCCAGAGUCAUCGAUGAAUGUUCACGUUGAUCCCUUCCAGCUCUUAAGAUCUACCAGCCAGGAAAUUUGGAGGGAAGAUUGCUUACCUCUAUAUGGAAUGAAUGAACGAACGUCCGAAUCUGCAUUAAUUGGAGCAAAUGUGGCAUUCCCAGUUCUCUUUGAUACUGAUGAAUCUAACCUGAAGAGAAACACUCUAGAGUCCUGCUUGCUUCGAUAUCAGUUUGGUGCUGGGAACGAGACCAAUAUGGAUUGCGAUCAACUUCUUGCCCCACAAUUGUAUAGUUCUAUUGUCAGUCACGUUGGAAGAAGUACAGCUGUUGACAUUAUCAAAAGCGAAUGCAGCAACUUCUGAAAUUUUAGCCUGCAUCAUCCUGCUGGAUUUUGUUGAAGAAAUGUCAUCCAUCUUGCUGCUUGCUGGCAUAGGAUAUUGUUUAAUGUAAGCUAUCUUAUGGGUUCAAAAGCCAUUGUAUUGACUGAAGCGCAUCUGACUUCUUGUAAGAUCAUUAUGCGGAGGAGUUGGAAUAUAAAUGUAAAGAUUGGACUAUUUUCAAUCUUUUUAAGAAACAAGAAUAGUACUACUAGGCAUAGAAUAAUGCUUCUUGAAUACUCAUAUUCGUCCGACUAGUCUGAAGCUGGUAUGACAUGCUUCCAGGGGCGGAUUUACGGUCAUUUAUUUAUAGAUAUUUAGUAGAUUUCUUCAUUUAUACACAAGAAUCGGUAAAGUUAAUGGGUUCACGUGAGCCUGUAACCAGCACUCAAGAUCCA